CCAAGUUCGGAAGACACGGAGAAAUAUAUGAAAUACAUCCUCCACGACUUGAAUGGAGCGAAUUUAGCUCGUUUCUCCAAACAACAAUUGGCUCGAAUCAAGCUGAAGCUCCACUCGAAUUGGUUCAAAAACAUCAUCUACAAGAAGAUCGUCAGUCUUCUCGUACAAGAGGUAGAGGAAGACUUUCUAUUGGCAAUGAAGACCGCUGUCGUGAACUAUGUUCUUAUGGACGUAGAUGAAAGGAAACGUGUGGGCAUUAGUGUCAUCCCCAGCCCGUUUCCCCGGUCCGUCAUUAGGGGCCCUGUUCCCUGGCAUCAGCAGUUCCUGAUUGCCCAACAGUUUUGCAGACAUAACCUAUUCAUAUUAAAUCCCAUUAUUCAACGGCUUCGGGUGCUUUGGCAGAAACGUUAUAUGCCGCUGCGUUUCGUCCAUCCUGACUUGUUGAGGACCAGUCGAGGAGAGCCUUUGUCACCCACGGAUCUCCAAAAAAGGGUGUUUGAGCAGUGUCAAGAUGCUAGAAAUGUUCUACUAAAGCGAUGGUUGCCUGAGGUGGCCUUUACCUUCGUAACCUUGCGGAAAUCUUGGACGGACCUAAUCCCGGCUCGUCGAAGCGAAUCCUUGCUCCAAGUGAAACGAUUCUUCAAUUGUGUUAGUGCGCUCAUGUCCAUUCAGCUUCGGUCUAUGACUUUGUUGUCCCUUGAAUCCUUUCUUCAAUUCAUGGAGACAUACGCAGCAGGAAACGCCUUUCAACUAGGGGUGUACGACGAGAUGGCACACAUCAUUAUGCCCAUGCUGAAUUUGAAGCUUCAGCCCGCUCAUCAGUCCGUCGAGUUCCAACCUUCUUUGGAUCGUACGCAUGAAAUCAUCUCCAGAUGUCUCCAAGAGAUCGUAAUGGCAACAAAGGAGUUUCCCCGGGUGGAGCAAGAACUCUUUCCCGAGAUGAAAGGUCGUUCCAUGUUCCUUUUAUCCGUCAAUUGGGAGGAGGACAAGGUCCAGGCGUUGUACAGAAGAGCUAUGGAGAUCCUAGAUCGUAACAUUAUUGGACCCAAAAGCUAUGUCCAUAUCUAUGACAAAUAUGAAGCGCUUCUCAGCGGUCAGGCUUUGAAGGACAGGGACCAAUUCCUGGCAGCUCAGGCUAGUCUGACGGAUUUCCGACAAAAAAUGGACGGCUACAUGCAAUUAAAGCGGGAAAUAUUGGCUAUUCGGAACUCGGCUCUAUUAAACCUCUUUAUUCUAGAUUGCCAUGAGCUCAACCAGAGCAUGGUCAAUCUAUGUGAAGAGCUGUACGAGAGCCUCAUUCGAGAUCAAGUGGACACUAAUCGCUUGUGGAACAGGACCAUCUGCAACGAGUUCGAUGAAAUGGCCACAAAGUUGGGAGACAUCCCCGAGGAGACCAAGGCUUUGGUGGAACUGCAACGAUAUCUCAAACUAUCCAUGAUGGAAUCUCUUCCUGAGCUCAUGGGACGCAUUCACAUAGCCACUCAGCGGGUUCUGUUUCUCUUGGAUUGCACCAUUCUAUCCCCCGAAGACAUUCAAUUGAACACAAGGGUGUUCCAGUGGCCAAAAGAUAUGUCUUCCGUGUUCGAAUUGGCCAAAACCAGAACCGGGCAUAAGCGAGACCAAGUGGAGGAAGAUCUUCGGAAACGGAUCGACGAAUUUGAACUGAUUCUUCAGCGGUUGAACCAAGAUCUGGAGGCGUUUAUGAAGAAGGACCCGCCUGUGCUCACAUUGGAUGAGAUGAAAUCCAGCGUGAAUAUCAUCGACAAAUUGGAGGCCAGAAUGCAAGAGGCUGUGGAAAGCCUUAGGUGGAUCAAUCGUGAAGAGACCUUUUUGGAUUGGGACCCAUCCAAGUAUGCACUUUUGGAAAAGAUGCAGAUGUUGGUCGAUCUUUUUAGCUCGCUUUGGCAUGUAGCCUUGGACUUUCACGAGAAAUACGAAAGAUGGUACAACGGGCCAUUGGAAGGUCUUGUCUCAGGAGAUAUUCAGACUCUGGUGGAAACUAUGUACGAGAAGGCGUCAAAUCUCAGUCGGACAUUAGGCGAAUACCCAGCAGCCAGAAGAAUUGCUGACACCAUCAAAAGCAAGAUAGAAAAAUUCCGCAUCCAUCUGCCCAUCCUGCAUACGCUCUGCAAUCCAGGUUUGCGUGAAAGGCACUGGUACCUCAUUGGACAGGCCAUUGGUUUCCAAAUCAAGCGAACCGCAGAAACUAGUCUGGCGGAUAUGAUUGAGGCUGGUUUGGGGAAAAUCAUGUCCCAAUUGGAGGAGAUUGGAGCCACCGCCAGCAAGGAGUACGCCUUGGAAAUGUCCAUGGCUAAGAUGAAGUCCGAAUGGCAGAGUGUCAUCUUUGAGUGUGUACCCUACCGAGAAUCGGGAGUUUCCAUUCUCAGCGGAGUGGAAGACGUACAACAGAUGCUAGAUGACCACAUCCUGAAGGCUCAGACCAUGCACAGCUCAGCCUACAUUAAGCCUUUUGAGGAGGAGAUGCGGGAGUGGGAGGAGAAGCUCAUCAGUAUGCAAGAUAUCCUGGAUGCAUGGCUUAGAUGCCAGGAGUCCUGGUUGUACUUGGAGCCCAUAUUCAACUCCGAGGACAUCAUGAAGCAAAUGCCCACCGAGGGGCGGAAGUUCAAUAAAGUCGAUCGCAUUUGGAGAAACAUCAUGGCUAAGACGGUGGCCGAUCCACGGGUCCUGCAAGCCACAUCCCAGCCCAAUAUGUUGCCGAACCUGAGCGAGGCCAAUGAGCUCUUGGAUGCCAUCAUGAAAGGGUUGAACGACUAUCUCGAGAAGAAGAGGCUUUUCUUCCCCCGAUUUUUCUUCCUCUCCAAUGAUGAGUUGUUGGAGAUUUUAUCCGAAACCAAGGAUCCCCUUCGAGUUCAGCCACAUGUGAGAAAAUGCUUUGAAGGAAUCGAUCAUCUCAAAUUUGAAGCGGACAAGUUUGGAAAUCAAGACAUUGUGGGCAUGGUGUCCAAAGAUGGCGAGGAGGUGGAGUUCUGUUCCAUGGUCUUCCCCUCCGAUGCCAAAGGCAUGGUUGAGAAAUGGUUAUUGCAAGUGGAAAAGCAAAUGAUAGCCUCGUUGAAAGACGUAAUUUCUCGCUCAACACGGUCCUACCUGGAAGAUGUCCGCACCGAGGAUGAUUUCACCCGAUGGGUCUUGGAAUGGCCAGGCCAAGCUAUUCUCACCUCUCAUUCCAUUAGUUGGACCUCUCGAGCCAGCGAGGCCAUCAAACAGGGCACUUUGAUCACCUUCCUCGAGGAGUGCAGCAAUCAAUUAUCAUCCAUCGUCAAACUCGUCCAAAAUGGACUCUCGGCGUGUGCCAGGAAGACCAUUCGGGCCCUCAUUGUGUUGGGCGUUCACGCUCGAGAUGUAUUGGAACAAUUAAUUCAGGAUGGGGUGGCAAAUGUGGACGAUUUUUCAUGGACUAGUCAAAUGAGAUAUUACCUCUCGGAUUAUGAGGAAGGCAUCGUUCGUGUCAAAAUGGUUUCCACCACGUUGCGCUACGCCUUUGAGUACUUGGGGAACAUGGACCGCUUGGUGAUAACUCCCCUGACUCUCCGCUGUUUCCGCACUCUAAUGAACGCCAUUAUGAUGAACUUGGGCGGCGCUCCCGAGGGACCGGCUGGAUCAGGAAAGACAGAGACGUGUAAGGAUCUGGCCAAGGCCAUCGCCAAACCGUGCGUGGUGUUCAAUUGCUCGGAUGGUAUCGAUUAUCAUGGUAUGGGGAAAUUUCUCAAGGGUUUGGCUCAAUCCGGUUCGUGGGCAUGUUUUGACGAAUUCAAUCGGAUCGAUAUGGAUGUGUUGUCCGUGGUGGCUCAGCAAAUACACACAAUCCAGAGUGCCAUUGCCAGUCAGGCAAAAAUGUUCACUUUUGAAGGGGUGGAACUUUCCCUCAACCCGACUUGUUGUAUAUUUAUUACCAUGAACCCUAGUUGUGACUCAUCCCAUCCCAUUCCGGACAACUUGAAACUUUUGUUCCGACCAGUGGCCAUGAUGAUUCCCGAUUCCAAGAUGAUUGCCGAAGUUUCCCUCUAUUCCAUGGGGUUUCUCCAUGCCAGGGCAUUGGCCAGGAAAAUUGUCCAAGUCUACCGUUUGUGUUCGGAGCAACUCUCGUAUCAAGCCCAUUACGAAUAUGGGAUGCGUGCCGUGAAGGCCGUGCUGGAAACUUCGGCGCACUUUCGAGUCGUCCGUCCCGAUCUGGACGACGAGUUCCAAGUAGUCCUCAAGGCCAUCAUGGAUGUCAAUUUGCCCAAGUUUGUCUCCGAGGACAUUCCAUUAUUUGAAAGCAUCGUCAAGGACCUGUUUCACGACGUAGCGCCGCCGGUGCUUGAUCGGACCUUACUCAAAGAAACGGUGAAGAGCAAAUGCAAAGACUUUGGCCUCCAAGCCACACCAUGGUUUAUUGGGAAAGUUCUCCAGCUUUACGAGAUGGUCUUGGUUCGUCAUGGGAUUAUGAUCAUUGGGGAGCCAAUGAGUUGCAAAUCCGAAACAUAUCACAUCUUGGCCGAAGCGCUCUCGGAAUUAUCCACCGCAGGAGACACCAUUGAGAGUGAGCGAGCUCAUGAAUAUCGAACCACUUACAAGAUCAUCAACCCCAAGUCUGUGACCAUGAAUCAAUUGUAUGGAGUGUUUGACAACUCGACCCAUGAAUGGACCGAUGGCGUACUAGGCCGGAUUUAUCGCGAAAUGGCCACGGCUGGGCCCGGAGAACGUAAAUGGUUGGUUUUUGACGGGCCCGUGGACUCGGUAUGGAUCGAGAAUCUCAACACGGUUCUGGAUGAUAGCAAGAAACUUUGUCUCAUGAACGGCGAGAUCAUUCCCUUGUCUCCGUGGAUGAAUCUUAUCUUUGAAAUGUCAGACUUGAGACGUGCCUCUCCGGCAGUUGUGGGUCGAUCUGGCAUUCUCUUUAUGGAGAGCAGACUCUUGGGAUGGAGGCCUCUGAAGCAAUCAUUCAUUGAAACUCUGUCACCAACACAUUUUGACGACGAGAAACUCGUUUGUCUGGACGACAUGUUCGAAUGGCUGGUCCCCCCUUGUUUGGAACAAAUUAGAGACUCCAAUUUGUUCCUACCUUUCUCCGAGCUCCAUCUCAUCAAGUGUCAGUUGAGUCUUUUGAAGUCUCUGUUGGGAGUGCCAACCUCGACCAAUUCCACUGAAAUGAAAGCUAAUGACGAAAUGGGCGGAGAUUCCUCCGAGGUUGAUGCAACUCACAUGCAAAUGGCAUUCCUUUUCUCCAUUCUGUGGGGCUUGUGUUCCACUAUGGCAGACACGUCCAAACCCAAGUUCGAUGCAUAUUUUAGGAAUCUGGUUGAUGGCCUCGUCAAAGGCAAUGCCAAACCCUUGAGCUUCAGAUUGGGCAGAACCAACCUAAUUCCAGAUCAUAGCAGUGUCUUUAAUUAUACCUUGGACGUGGACAAACCGGGUUGUUGGGUGAAAUGGGUGGAUCAAGUGGCACCUGGGCAAUUUGUGGGGGAUGACGAGGUCCUCAUCGUUCCAACGGCCGAAACGGUCAAGCAAUCCUUCUUUUUGGAACUCGCUCUCGCUCAAGAAAUGCCGUUAGCCAUUUUGGGACAUACGGGAACGGGAAAGUCCUUCAUCACCAACAGCUUCAUUCGUCGAUUGCCCAAAGAAAAGUUCAUUACCAAUGUGAUUAAUUUCUCGGCCCGAACAUCGGUUAACUACACCCAGGAUGUGAUCAUGUCCAAGCUGGAUCGCCGGAGGAAAGGCGUCUUUGGGCCUGCGAUGGGCAAGAAAUGUGUCAUCUUUGUGGAUGAUCUGAACCUGCCUCAAAUGGAUGAGAGCGACACGAUCCCGCCCGUGGAACUCUUAAGACAGUGGAUAGAUCACGGAUAUUGGUAUGAGCGGAAAGACAGUUCCAAGAUGGAAAUCUUGGACACUUUGCUUCUGACUGCUGUGAGUCCUCCUGGAAGUGGAAGAAACGAGAUCUCGCCUCGAUUUCUCAGACAUAUGAAUAUCUUGAGUGUGGACCAGUUCCACGACGAUACCUUGCGAAGGAUCUUCAGCACCGUGGUGACCUGGCAUUUCAAAAGCGGUUUUGAGAUGGCCAUUCAUCAGAUGAAUCAAUCUGUGGUGGAUGCCUCGUUGAAAAUAUACAAAAGUGUGAUCACCACUUUCCUGCCCACACCCAGCAAAUGCCAUUACAUGUUCAAUUUGAGGGACUUCUCCAAGGUUAUUGAUGGCGUCCGGUCCAUCCCGAGUUCUCAUUUGCGGGAUCCAAAUAAGCUCAUUCGAUUGUGGUGUCAUGAGGUCUACCGCGUGUUUUAUGACCGCCUCAUCGACGACGAGGAUCGGAAAAUGUUUUUCACCAUGGUUAAAAGGAACUGCAGUUCUGAGUUCAAAGUGGAUCUCGCCAAAAUUCUUUUUCCCCAUGUCAUGGCUGGAUCUUCAGUGGCAACGGAUGAACAUUUGCAUUCCAUUUGCUUUGGAGAUUAUAUGCACCCCGAAGUAGAUAAGAAAGUCUACGACGAAAUUCCCGAUAGUACCUUACUGGCCAAAGCCAUGGAGCAUUAUUUGCAUGAAUACAACACGGUUUCCAAGGCGCCCAUGCCAUUAGUGAUGUUCCGUUAUGCAGUGGAACAUACCUCGAGGAUCAAUCGGAUCAUCCGAAAUAAAGGGGGGCAUGCAUUACUCGUGGGACUCGGAGGAAGUGGGCGACAAUCUUUGACCCGGUUAGCCACAUUCAUCGCUGGACUCGAAUUGUUCCAGAUUGAGGUGAACAAGUCAUAUGGAAUUACCAAUUGGAGGGCUGACCUCAAAAGGGUGUUGAGAAAAGCCGGUGCAGACUCUCGACAAGUGGUGUUCUUGUUCACUGACCUUCAGAUAAAGGACGAAGCCUUCCUGGAAGACAUCAGUAUGGUCCUCAAUACGGGCGAAGUGCCGAAUUUGUUUGCACCUGAAGAGAAGGCCGAAAUUUUGGAGCGAAUCCAAUCAAGUCGACCUGAAGCCUCACGGGAUUUGGGUGGAGAUGGAUCGUUCGCCAACCUUUACAACAUAUUCUUGCAAAACGUCAAACGCAAUCUGCACAUUGUCCUCUGCAUGUCACCCAUUGGACCAGCAUUUCGGAAUCGCUUAAGAAUGUUCCCCUCUUUGAUCAAUUGUUGUUCCAUCGACUGGUUUCCCGAAUGGCCAGUGGAUGCAUUGGAGAAGGUGGCUGGCAAGUUUCUAGAGGAAAUGGACCUCGAUGAGGAGAGCAGGGAAAACUGCGUCCAAAUGUGUGCCAAUUUCCAUCAAAGUGCGAGUCUGCUGUCCCAGAAGUUCCUCAAAGAGUUGAAGAGGUACAACUACGUGACACCCACCUCCUACCUGGCUUUGAUCAAUACAUUCAAGAUCCUUUUGAAGAGCAAACAAAAGGAGAUUCUCAACUUGAAGAACAGAUAUGAAAUGGGAUUGGGGAAGCUCGAAUUUGCCUCCUCCCAGGUAAGUGCCAUGCAAAAUGAGUUGACGGCCUUGAGACCCCAAUUGUUGGAGACCUCGGACGAGACGGAAAAACUCAUGAUUAAAAUCGAGCAAGAUACCAUUCAAGUGGAGGCCAAAAAGGAAAUUGUGGCUUGUGAUGAAGCCUUGGCCAACGAAGCGGCUGCUGCGGCACAAGCUAUUCGAGACGAUUGCGAAAACGAUCUGGCGGAAGCCAUACCUGCACUUCAGUCCGCGGUUCACGCUCUCAACACACUGAACCCUUCGGAUAUUACAGUAGUCAAAACCAUGAAGAAUCCGGCUCCGAUUGUCAAAUUUGUCGUCGAAGCUGUUUGUGUCAUGAAAGGAGUUCCAGCUGAAAGGAAGCCGGAUCCUGACAAUCAGGGCAAACUUAUCGAUGACUUUUGGGUGCCAGGGCAAAAAAUGAUGGGCGACAUAAAAUUUUUGGACACUCUGCGAGCCUACGACAAGGACAACAUCCCUCCAAUCAUUAUGAAGCGCAUCCGCGAGAAAUAUGUCAAUAAUCCAUACUUUGAUCCUAAUUUGGUCCGGAAAGUGUCCACCGCUUGCGAAGGCCUUUGCAAAUGGGUUCGAGCCAUUGAGGUUUACGAUCGAGUGAUCAAGAUUGUGUCCCCCAAAAAGGCCAAAUUAGCCGAAGCUGAGACGGAACUGGCCCGGCAAAUGGACAAACUCAACGAGAAGCGGGCUCAACUUCAACAAGUCACGGACAAGCUGCAAGCUCUCAACGACGAAUUUGCCGCCAUGACCAAAAAGAAAAAGGACCUCGAGGACAAUAUCGAGUUGUGUUCGCAGAAAUUGGAUCGAGCAGAGAAAUUGAUUCAAGGGCUGGGAGGAGAACGGGAUCGUUGGCGGGAAAUGGCGGCUCAACUUGGGGAAAGGUUACUCAAUAUCACAGGGGACGUCCUUCUCUCGGCUGGAACCGUGGCUUAUCUGGGAGCCUUUGACUCCGUGUACAGAUUGAAGAUCAUUGAUGAAUGGAGGAGCAAAUGUCAGGAGGAGGGCAUCAAGUGUUCUCCGGACUUCUCCUUGACCAAUACGUUGGGGGAUCCCGUCGAGAUAAGGCAGUGGCAAAUCGCCGGGUUGCCCAAAGAUUACUUCUCAGUCGAUAACGGCGUGAUUGUGGCCAAUGCGAGGCGAUGGCCCCUGAUGAUUGAUCCACAAGGUCAGGCCUCCAAGUGGAUCAAAAAUAUGGAGAAGGAAAAUAGACUACUGGUCAUCAAAUACACCGAUCCCGAUUACUUGACCAUGCUUCAAGAAGCGAUCGAAAAAGGCUACCCAGCUCUUCUGGAGAACGUGAGUAAUGAAUUGGAUCCCGGGUUGGAAACAAUUCUACUAAGACAGACUUUCGUUCACAACGGGGUCGACUGCGUUUUGCUAGGCGACGCCAUCGUGGAAUACAACCACGACUUCAAAUUGUACAUUGUUACCGAUUUAAAGAACCCCCAUUUCCCACCGGAGGUCUCGGUGAAGGUGACCUUAAUGAAUUUCAUGAUCACCCCUGAGGGGCUCCAGGACCAGCUUCUGGGUAUUUUGGCGGCCGUGGAAAAGCCCGAACUUGAGGAAAAGAAGAACCAACUUAUUCUCGAAGGGGCCAAGAAUAACAAACAGCUGAAAGAUAUUGAAGACAAGAUUCUGAAGGUCCUCUCCGCUUCACAGGGAAAUAUUUUGGAGGAUGAAACGGCCAUUCAAAUCCUCUCCUCUUCCAAGGUUCUCUCGGAGGAAAUUGCAGCCAAACAAAGGAUUGCCUCCGAAACUGAAUCCGAGAUCGACACCACCAGGGACGGUUACCGACCAGUAGCCAUUCACGCCUCCAUCUUGUUCUUCUGCAUUUCCGAGCUCUCAAAUAUUGAUCCCAUGUAUCAGUUUUCUCUCCCCUGGUUCGUGAAUCUCUACCACAAGUCAAUACAAAGAUGUGUUCGUCGUGAGAAAAUGGAGGAGCGCAUUCAGGAUCUGACUCAUCAUUUCACCACUAUUAUCUAUCAAAAUAUCAGUCGCUCCUUGUUCCACGAGCACAUCCUCGUCUUCUCCUUGAUACUUUGCGUCGGGAUCCUUCAGGGACGUGGUGAAAUAUCUGCCAAAGUCUGGUCGUUCUUGCUCAAUGGGGGCGACCACACCAACCCAACCCAGCAACCCAACCCUGCGCCCACCUGGUUGAGCGAUAAAUCAUGGAACGAAAUUGUGAGGGCCUCCCUUCAGCUGCCCACCUUUCAGGGUUUGAUGGAUCAUUUCAAGUUGAAGACCACUGAGUGGAGGCAAGCCCUUUUUGAAGCACCCAAUUCCUUCCACGCCAAGUUGCCUGAUGUAUGGGACAAACUCAAAGAACUUGAGCGAUUAGUUCUUCUUCGCUUCUUCCGUCCAGAUAUGCUUAUCUUUGCUGUCAGGGAUUUUAUCGUGAAGAAAAUUGGGUCUGACUUUAUCCAAGCGCCCUCAUUGGAUCUGGAGAAAUCUUUCUCCGAGUCCACCCACGAAACCCCCAUCAUCCUGAUGCUGUCUUCCGGAGUGGAUCCAUUAUCCGCCAUCUACGGUUUCAAGCCGCCAAAGCCGCACGAGCCCAAGUUCAUCACCACCUUGUCAUUGGGACAAGGCCAAGGACCUCUGGCCCAUCGAGCCAUAGUUCAAGCCGCCGAGUCUGGAGGUUGGGUCAUUCUGCAGAACUGCCAUUUGGCCGAGCAUUGGAUGUCACUUUUGGCCAAUUUAUGGGAGGAAGAAAUCACCUCUGUUCGGCCAGGUUCGGUCAAUGUUCAUAAAUCGUUCCGCCUCUGGCUUACUAGCUACUCCACUCUCUCAUUCCCGUCGUCCUUGCUUCAAAUUGGAGUGAAAAUCAGUCUCGAAUCACCUAAAGGCCUGAAAGCCAAUUUGGAAUUGGCUUAUCUCUCAGAGCCCAUCAAGGAUGAAAGAUUCUAUCGCUUGGAUGAGGCUCCGCAAUUCCGUCAACAGUUCAGAAGACUCCUCUUCAGUUUGGCAUUUUUUCACGGAGUAGUUUUGGAGCGACUCCAAUACGAGUCCGUGGGAUGGAAUACUCCAUACGGAUUCAACAAGUCGGACUUGACCAUUAGUCUGAAGCAGCUGCAAAACACGCUGCAAAAGCAUCAACCACGCGAAGAGAAUACUAACCAACGCUCAUUGCCUCCCCUUAAGGCUUUGCUGUAUUUGACUUCCGAAUGCAAUUAUGGCGGCCGUGUCACAGAUCCGCUCGAUCGUCGCCUUUUGAAUGCCCUUUUACACCACUUCUUUAAUGAGAACGUGGCCGAGGCUCGGGGGUAUUUACUGUCUGAGAAUGGUGUGUACAAAGUCCCCACCGAGCUGUCGCACUCCCACUGCCUGGAAUUCAUUUCUGAUGGGCUUCCAACCAUCACCAUCCCAGAGGGUCUGGGUCUGAACGACAACGCGGCUAUUAUCAAAAACACUCGAGACUCGUACAAGCUCUUGAAAGGAGUGCUCACCGCCCAGCCUCAUUUGGAUCCCAUGUCCCAUGCGGACGAGGGCUUGGCCUCAAGUGCUCUCCUUAAUCAUGUGAAGACCAUGAGAGCAGCCUUACCCACCAAUUUCGAUUCAGAAGCGAUCAAUGCGAGUUUCCCAGUGGUUUAUGAGAACUCCCUGAACAUGGUGUUAAGAUUAGAGACCACACGAUACAACAUGCUCUUGGAUCGCAUUCGAAACUCGCUUGAACUCGUCGAGCAAGCCUUGACCGGCGAGAUCCUCAUGUCCGUUGAUAUCGAACGUGUGUUUGAAAGCCUGAUUCGAGACCAUAUUCCCAACCAGUGGCUUCAAGUCUCGUAUCCAUCACUGAGGUCCCUCAACGGCUACAUGAAGGAUUUGCAGGAUCGAAUUGGCUUUUUUCGAGACUGGAUAGCUCAGGGCCCCUGGCCUCUCAAAGAGGCCCCUUCAAAGGAUAGCAACAAGGGGACGGAUUCACCAAUGCAUCAAAAAGAAUCGAAGGACGAACUGUCGUCACCUUGCUUGUCGAAAAAGCAAUAUUGGCUCAGCGGCUUCUUCUUCCCUCAAUCUCUUCUCACGGCUGUCUUGCAGAACUUUGCCCGGAGUCAAUCGCUCACCAUGGACCAAGUGGAUUGUGAAUUUAUCCCAUUGACACCCCGGGAAAUCCUCCAGGGGGAUCAACUUUUGGAGUCCAUUCGGAAAAGAAAUCCGGCGCCUGAGACGCCAGCCUCGGUUCAAAACAGCGUUGUUCUUAAGGGGAUUUUCUUACAAGGCGCCAGCUGGGACCUGGAAGCGGGAGUUUUAAAAGAGGCCACUCACAAAGUUCACUCUGAGCUCUUGCCACCGAUUCUUUUCCGACCUAUCCUCAAGCACAGUCAAAAAGAACUUGAGAACGAGACUGGAGAGGCUGGCUUCGUCUACGAAUGUCCAAUAUACCGAAAUGAAGAGCGUCAAGGUCGUAUUCUGUCUACAGGUCACUCUACCAACUAUGUGUUCACUCUAAAUUUGCAGUCCAAGAACCCACCUGAGCAUUGGAUCAGGCGUGGACUGGCUGGAAUUCUUCAGUUAACGGAUCCUUGAGGAUGAAUUUUUUAUGUACAUUCAAUAUUUAAGCGAAGCGUGUCCCCAAUUUUUCUUUACUCAAGCUUCGACUCGGAAGCGAGCGAAAUACAUGUAGUGCGUACAUGUA